AUGUAUAAUUUGCCAACUUCAAUACCGCGGGAAAUGGAAAUCUGGGAUGGAAGAGAAGAGAAUAACAUUGGGGAAUUUUCCACUUUUGGAUUUCGAACAUGUUUAAAUAAUGCUAUCAAUGGACAAAGAGCUGCUCAGGCUUAUAUUCAUAAGCUAGGUAAUUGGACACUUUUUGAUUGGGCCAUUUCUUUUCAGGCUAUCAUUAUUAUAUUUAAUGUACUGAGUGCAUUGGUAGUGAGCAUUGUUGAAUAUUUGAGUCCAUGGCCUAUGCUACUUAUGGCUUUAAUUUUAUUCACUCCUAUUUUUCCAACAUUAUGUUCUAACCAACACGAAGAAAAUUUGAAACUGUUUGGUUGGAUACAAUUAAUAUGUGGCUUUGUUGAACUGUUCUGGUCCAGUUGUGUUUUACUUGACAUGCAUUAUCAUCCCAACGAUUGGCGUGCAUACUUCACUAUGUGUACCGUGUCAUGGCAGUUCAUAUCAGUAAUUCUGAUAUCAGCAGAAUGUCCAACAUUGGAAAGGAUAAUAAAUGGUCAAAGAAAUGGAAGAAAUGCUGAAAGUAGCAUUAUUACUGAACCUUCAACUUCUAAUGUUGAUUUGCGUAUUGCAAAACUUUGUGCAACUUUAAAUUUCGAAAAGCAACGAUCAGAUGAAAGAAAAAAGAGACAAAAUGAAAGGUAA